AUGUCGCUCUUCAGAACGUUGCAGAAUUCGCCCGGAGUCAUUUCCAUAUUCACCGAUGCAAGACCUGUGUCGGCAAAGGUGUAUCAGACUUUAAACAAGGCAUACGAGAAGCUCAACUCCGAAAAGGAUAAGUUCCAACUUGAUGUGGCAGAGAAUAGAAUGCCUACUUAUGAUCAAUACAAAUCAUUGGUGACCAACGAUAAGAAUAAACUGGUGUUAGACAAAUGCUAUCCUUUGUUACAUGACCGAGAACUGGAUAUCCCCCAGACUUUGAAACAAACCGGCAUCCAUUAUUCUACCAUAAAGGGAUUGGGACCCAACAUGUUCAAUGAAGGAGAAUACUCAAUGAUCUAUGAAGCGUUUGAAGCUCUGGAGAAGGAAAAAAUCAGACAAUCAAUAUUCAAAGCCCCUUUGGUUGUGGAUUGGGAUCAUAAUGUUGUAGCCAAUGACGUUGAAGGAUUGAAAACGUUGUUAAAGCAAUAUGAAGAUGGGCUGGACUGA